AUGGCCCAGAGCACGGGAAUGGGGGAGCGAGUCGCAGGCACCCCCUGGACUUGCCGUGGGGACAUCCACCACCAGGAGGUCGGGAAGAAGGUCCUGGUGUCCCUGUGUGGAGACUGGGAGGCACUGAGCAUUAAAGUCUCGCUCCUCCCGCCCGCCAACCUCACCAUCCACGUCACCGGCCUUGCUCGGAUUCUCCUGCGCUGGGCGCCCGACCCUGCUCAGGAGGGAGCGGAGCUCAGGUACCACGUGAGGCUGCGCGUCCCCCACCUGCAGGACGACGACGAGGAAUUCCAGAUCGAGGACACGGAGAUCAGCCAUGACAUCCCUCUGCACCAGGGCCUGACGGCCGGCGUUCGCACUGUGUCCUGGGCCAGCCACACCUCCCUGCCCGCCAGCCCCUGGGUGGUCGCCGACCUGGCAGCCCCUCCAGGUGCGCCUGGGACCUCGGCCACGAACCUUACCUGCAGCACCGCGGUGUGGGUGGACAGGGACCCGUGCCCCUGGUCGCCGACUCUGUGCGUCGCCCUGCAGUGCUCCUGGCGGCCAGGCGGGGACGGCCCCGUGGGGCUGCAGUACCUCCUGCAGUACAGGUACGGGGCCACCACCUGGGAGUGCCACAGCUACGAACAAGAUGCGCUGGGGAGGAACGUGGGCUGCAGCGUGCCCAGGACGCACCUCAGCCCCAAGGCACGUGGGAAGCUGGCCGUUAGGGUCAGCGGCUCCAGCCCGCAGGUGGACAUCCGGCCCUGGGAGCAGCUCUUCAGCCUGCCGGCCAUCGACCGCGUGAACCCGCCCGAGAACCUGACGGCCACGGUGGAUGGCCAGCGCCUGUCCGUGUGCUGGAAGAAGCCGCUGUCGGCCCUGCCCCCCCACUGCUUCCAGUACCAAGUGCGGGUGUUCAGCCCGCGAACUGGCCGCGUGCAGACAGAGCGGCUGCACGCCACCAACUUCACCUCGACCAUCGGCGCGUCCCGGGUCUCAGUCUUUGUGCGCGCCGCCGUGAAAGGCUCCUGCAGGACCACGUGGGCCUGGGGGGCCUGGAGCCAGCCGGUCCUGGCCGGGCACGACGAGCUCACAGCCCCUGGGGAUUGGCUCCGUGUUGGGGCUGCGGCUGCUGCCGGCGUCUGUCUGCUGCUCUUCUCCGCCUGCUGCCUGUGCCCGCUCUGGGCCAAGGUGCUGCCCCCUGUGCCGGCUCCCAAGGGCGACGUGGCGGAAUUCCUGAUGGCCAUCGGCGGAGAGGCCACGGCGCCAGCUGGGACGGGGGCUGGGGCCCAGGACACAGGAGUGGCCCUCAGCGGUGAGCUGGAGCCUGUGAUCGAGACCCUGGAUGACUCCGGGCCGUGA